CUAAGUAUGCGAUAAAUCAAAACUCACAUCUAAGUACAUUCAUCAGCUCUACAAUUAAAUUCUAUAUAAAAGUAUAUGCUGUGCUCAAAAUGUCCGCGGAAAUCGAGGAAUUACUAAAACGCUACCAAAACUAUCCCAAUGUUGCUGGCAUAAUUAUUUUGGACCCGUUCGCUAUACCAAUCAAGACUACCAUGGAAUACACCUUGACCGUGCAUUACGCGGCAUUGAUCAGCACCUUGACUUAUAAGGCGGCCAAAAUGAUUACUAAUUUAGAUGCUAGCAAUGAGCUAAUGACAAUACGUCUACGAACCAAGGUGCAUGAAGUGAUUGUGCUGCCCUCCGAGAACUACAUCAUUAUUGUGGUGCAAAAUCCAGGAACAUAAAUUGUAAUAAACUAUGUAAUAUUCCUUUUCGCUUAAUGUA